GCGGGAGGAGGGACCACAACAAUCGCACGGAAAAUAGCUAGACUCUAGCGGAUAAAUUUAGAGCCUACGAGGAAUUUAGAUUUUACUGACGGUCCACCCUCAGUCCCCAUAGAGUCUCAGCAACAACAACAUGGUCGCCACGGAGGAUCUUGACAAGGAACAAUUGAACGUCCUGAAGAGGGCGUUCGAUGCGUUCGCUGCUGGAAAGGGCUACAUCGAGGCCCCUAUGGUGGGGACCAUCCUCUCCAUGUUGGGUCACGAUGUCUCUGAGAAGCAGCUGAAGACCAUCAUCGAUGAGGUAGACGCUGACGGCUCCGGACAGCUGGAGUUCGAGGAGUUCGUUACGCUGGCCGCCCAGUUCCUCGGCGAGGAGGAGACCGUCGACCCCGCCGCCAUGCAGGAGGAACUUAAGGAAGCCUUCAGGUUGUACGACAAGGAAGGAAACGGCUACAUCACCACCUCUGUUCUGAAAGAGAUCCUGAAGGAGCUCGAUGACAAGAUGACUCCUGAAGACUUGGACAGCAUCAUCGAGGAAAUCGACUCCGACGGUUCUGGAACCGUUGACUUCGAUGAAUUCAUGGAGGUGAUGACCGGAGGAGACGAUUAGACUGCAGCAAUGCCUUUCAAAUUCAAAUUCCAGGACCAACCUAUCUGUACAACUAUUUUCAUUAAAUAAACCACAAUACUUUUGUUAA